AUGCUUAGCGGAACAGUUCAUGUCUUUCAAGUUUUGUUAGCGUCUUAUUUAAUAUUACAAUUACAAAGCGCGUUGCCUUGGAGCGAUAAACAACUCUACCCUUCAACAAAAAUUCCUGACAACGCCUUGAGUCCAAGAAGAUUAGUUGUGAGACGGAAAAUUGUACUCUACCACAACUUUUUCCGAACAAAAGUUCGCCCAACUGCUUCUAAUAUGCUUUUAAUGUCGUGGCAUCCGUUGGCCGCUAAGCAAGCUCAGAUAUAUGCAGAUAAGUGCAUAUUCCUACAACACAACGAUCCUAGCGAGAACACUGUACCUUAUCUUGGAAGCUGCGGGCAAAAUCUUUUUGUGUCAUCACAUAAAACUCCUUGGUUCUUUGCCAUAAAGAACUGGUUCCUGGAGUAUCAGAAUUUCACUUACGGAGCUCCCAUAAGUAACCUGAAGGCGGUUGGUCAUUACACACAAAUGAUGUGGGCCACAAGCCACAAACUCGGCUGUGGCGUAUCAAAAUGUUCUGGAGGACCAUGGGGACAGUUUUACAAUUACGUGUGCCAUUACUGUCCUACAGGAAACUACGAAAGUAUAAUCCAAUAUCCAUACAAGCUUGGAACACCCUGUGGAGAUUGUCCUGAUCAUUGCGUAUCUGGUUACCUUUGCUCCAACUCUUGUCCUGUCAAAGACUUUUACUCAAACUGCGAGUCCCUUCAGAAAUACACCGACGUAUGCAAACGUGGGGUUUGCAAUGCAACUUGCAGUUGUGGCGAUCAAUAUUUACAUAAGAAUCAUCCGUGGUAA